UUCGAGUAACGAAAAACCUGAACCAACUCAGUAAUCCUCAGCAUGGUCUUGUUGAACAUGUGUUUACCACUUCAAAUAUUCGGACCAUUCCUCAUUAUACCAUCUUAUUCACAACUUAUUUUGGCAGAAAUCAACGCACUUGAAAAACUGAAAAGUCAGGGAAAGUCAACUAAAAUUUUACUGAGUUGAAGUGUAUAAUAACCCUUUACAGUUAGCUUACAAUUGGUGCGAUACACCGUUCCGAAAUAAUAUCAAAUAACCUUGCUACAGUUAGGUAUUUCGAAAGCGGAGAAACUCUUCGCGAAAUUUCCUUUGCUGAUUUUUGUUCUCUUCGAUAUGCAACAUGAACAAGUACCGCACCGCGUUUCUACUACCUAUUAUCGAGACGAUCAAUCUGAUUCACACCACGUCCACCUCUAAGAUUUGGUCAAUUAGGCCGAUCAAAAUUCGUUGGUCAUACCUCAGACGCAUAGCUCAACCACGGCUGCUCGAUCAAGUGGAACCACGUCAACAACGGUCAAGCGCGCACCACAGCGGAUCUUAAUUCACCGUUGAGUCUUACUUCGCUGUAGGUACCUGUGUCGGCGGGUCAUAGCGUGUUUCCCACCUUGCGAUGCGAUGACACUUUUUAAGACGAGGAAUUUCCUGGUCGCAGACUUGUGGGCAAGAGGCUUAAUGCAGCAGCGUUGACGAACCCGUAUCGAAACGUCAAUAGGUCCCGUCUUCAGUCGCACAAUGACAGGGCAUGAUCGCCGCCGCCACACCACCAAGUUGGUAGCCGAACAUAGGGGUCAACAGAAGGCGAUCGCGCGUGCGAUCGCUUUGCGCUCCGUUUCUGGAUCACUGACCACAACGGACUGAGAGAUGCUUUGUCUCGUCCUAUAAAUGCUACCGGUUCCGGUUCGUAAUGGUUCAGUUUUACGUGGAGUGUGAUCGGGUGAGACAUGAUCGCGAAGUGCGUUUCGGUAGUGUUGAUCCUGGUUGGAUCGGUUCGGAGUGGAUUGACGUAUCCCUACGCGGACGGGUAUCCGUACGGGACGGCCAUUGUGUCGGAGUCGAAACUGUUGAAAGGUGGCUCUAGCAGGGGAACGACAGAGGCGGGGAAUGAUUUGCGGAACUUUAGUCGCGAUCACGUGUUCGAUGAAGGUGGCAAGAUCAACUCGGCGACGGACGCUAUUCGGUAUCAUGCGUUGGACAAUGCAGUGAACGGUCACAGAAUAGCCGAUGCUUCCAAGGGGGGCUCGCUGGACAAGGUGAAUCAUUUGGCUGGGGAGAAUUUUGAAGCGGACAAGUCGCACAAUCGGAAGCAAGUGAAAUCAGGAUUUACCAAUUCGUAUCACAAAGAUGAAUCGGGUAGCAAGAGCUCUUUCUACGAAGACUCCGAUGACCACGGUGGAAAGCAGGUGUUCGAUAAUCGGAAGAACUUGAGGAACAACUUCAACGACCAUCUCUACAACAAGGAGUUGAGGAACGAUCAACAUCGCGAUCGGUACGACGAUCGUUUCGGAGGUUAUGAUCUACGCGGGGUGCGAGACUUCCAUCACCAAGCGGCUGCCGAUCGAGGCAAUCUACACGACUACCGGGAUGGAUUCCGAGACGAUCGUGACCAUCACGUGAACAACUACGCUCAGGAGUUCUAUCCGGGAUUGCCUCCGUUGGUUCCGGUGCGCAACUACGACGAACUGUUCCAGAGGCGGACCUUCCACGAACCUCGGCCGAUGUUCAAAACGGCCCCGCCACCACCGAUCACGGUGUACGAGGAUCCCCGCGAGUACAUGUACGACUAUCCGGCGCACUCGGUUGGCGAUCGGUUCCUGCGGCGACGGUACGAUGACGAUUUGGCCGAGCGUACGCGGAUCAUCUUCAGACCCAGCCCGCUGAUGAACUAUCCGGCGCGGUACUAGGGUUUUCUGCGGGAGUAACUUUAGAUUUUUUAUGUCUGUAUGUUAAACAUACGUUGAUACAGGAUUAAAGUAUCGUAGUGAAAUUCAUUCAUUUCAAUUAUUUAACACUGAGUCAACAAUUUCCCGCUACAAUAUGUAAGCGAUUUUCAUGAUGGCCAAUCCAUCAUGCUCUCUGCUCUCCACGUCUUCUUGUUUCAACCGGAUCAGUAGCAAACACCAACUUUGCAGAGUUGUUGUCCAACAUUCUUGAAAUUCAGAUUGUUGGAUUCACCGUAGAGAACUUGUGGUUCAUCUUUCGCCGCACCAGCGUUUCCAUGCACGUCGCCAAAGAUCGUCCGCAGCAAAUCAAAUUUGCCAGCAUUCUGAACCUCCAGUUGUUAAAAUUGUUCCGUCGCAAUAAUGGCCGACUUGCUCG